CUGUCAUUAAUAAGGCAGCUGGAGUACUGCAGAGCCCCAGUUUGCCUGCCUUCUUUUGCUCAUACCUCUCACAGUCUGCUUCAGACCUCCAUAGACUUUCAAUUUAGCCACUCCAAAACCAGGAUGUGGUGGUUCCUCACAAUUUCCCUGCUGACCUUGCUGUACUACAUCUGGCAGAAGCAGGGGAGCAUGGGUAAGAAAUAUCUCAUAUGUAUGCCCCAUCUGCCCAUCCUGGGGAGUCUUCCAUAUAUGAACUUCCACGACCCAGCACACGUCUACUUCACCAAGCUUAAGGAGAAGUAUGGCAAUACCUUUGCCUUUUGGAUGGGCCCUCAGUACUCUGUGGUAGUGAACCAUUUCUCAGCUGCCAAAGAAGUGCUUCUCAAGAAGGGCAAGGACUUUGCCAGCCGCCCCCGAAUGGUAACCACAGACAUCCUGAGCGGCUCCGGCAAGGGGAUCGCCUUCAGCGAGUACGGUCCCCAGUGGCGGAUGUAUCGCAAGCUGGUUCAGUCGUCCUUCUCAUUGUUGAAAGAUGGCUCCCAGAAACUGGAAAAGCUCAUCUGCCAAGAGGCCAACACUCUGUGUAAAUCCCUGGCUGCCGCUCAGGGAAAGAUCCAGGACCCCGCUACAGAUAUUUUUCUGGCUUCGUCCAAUGUGAUCUGCCAGUUUUGCUUCAGCAGCUCCUGGAAUAAAGACGAUGAGGACUUCGAGAUCAUGAUGGACUACAGUAAUAACAUCCUCAAAACUCUGUGCAAAGACAGCCUAGUUGACAUCUUUCCCUGGAUUCAGCUGUUCCCGAACAAAGAUCUGGCGCUGUUAAAAGAUAGCGUCACACUGCGGAAUGAGCUCCUGAAGAAAAAACUGGAAAUUCAGAAGGAAAAAUUCAACAUAGAUUCUGUCAACAACCUCCUGGAUGCACUGCUGAAAGCCAAGUUGGACAGUGAUAAUCCACUGGUCCAGGAACCAGAGAUCACAGAUGAGCACAUACUGAUGACGGUGGGGGACAUCUUUGGAGCUGGCGUGGAAACAACCAGCACUGUUGUCAGAUGGUGCAUUGCCUUCUUGCUGCACCAUCCCCAGGUAAAGGAGGAAAUUCAGAAGGAAAUUGACCAGAAAAUUGGCUUUGGCCGAACUCCUGUACUCAGUGACAGGAACCAGCUUCUCCACCUGGAAUCCACUAUACGUGAGGUACUCCGUAUACGACCAGUGGCUCCCUUACUCAUCCCUCACAUGGCAUGGACUGACACCAGCAUUGGAGAAUACACCAUCCCCAAAGGCACCAGGAUCUAUAUCAACCUAUGGUCCAUCCAUCAUGACCCUACACAGUGGAAUGAGCCAGAACGGUUUAUGCCAGAACGAUUCCUGGACAAGAAUAAGGACCAACUCAUCAUUCCAAAUGCCAGCUACUUUCCCUUUGGAAGUGGACCCCGAGUUUGUGUUGGGGAGUUCUUGGCCCGGUCAGAGUUAUUCCUCUUUCUGGCCUGGAUCCUACAGAGAUUUGACCUGGAAGUUCCUGAUGAUGGAGAACUCCCUUCUUUAGAUGGGUUGAGUGGAGUAGUAUUUCAGAUAAUUCCCUUCAAGUUAAAGGUCAAGCUGCGGAAAGGCUGGAGAGAGGCUGAACUCAGUGCCUAGAGAACAGCCAGAUUCUCCCCUAUCACCUUAGGAGCAAUCAUAAGUAAAAUGCAAAGGGAAGUGAUGAAGAAGAGCUUUAGUUGGAAGCUGAGACCCUCCAAAGUUGUCUGUAUCUCCCCAGCUUCAGGGAUAUAUCUUUCUAUUAGACUAUAGCAUAGAAUUCCUGUCAUUCAUUUCCUUCCUACCUCCACUCUAUUCUGGAAAAUCAUCCUUCUUCUUUUCAUCAGCCUUAGUCCUGGUAGGUAGGCCAGGAGUUUUUGUCCUGAAUGAUUUCUGCCCUCCUGGCUUGUUGCCUCUACCUGGGUACAUUUAUGUGUCCAGUCUCUUGGGCCAUUCUUUGUAUGCCAUGUCCUGAUUGUAGCGAGUUGCAAUUAAAAAGGCCUGGUGGCCCCAGGCUUACCAGCAGCAUCACCCAAAUUAGUGUUCUUGUCUCCCUGAAAGUUAGACUAAGAUUUAGAACAGUGCUUCUUCAUAUCCCUCUGAUCCCUCUCCAGACCCAGAAAAACACAGGGUUCUCAUAGCUAUUAUAACUGAAGGCUGAGCCCCUGAUGAAGACUUAGCCAACUCUCUAGGGAUCCAGAUUCUACAUCAAUUCCCACCCCACACUUGGACACUCAGACAGUCAGGGGAUUUUCAGGAGAUAAAUUUCAAGGUUCCAAGCCCCCUUUGUGCUAGUUUAUUAUCACAAGGGGACAGAAAUAUCCUCACACUUGAUAGGUCUUCAAUAUACCAAAGAGGCAAGCAUGACUGUCUUUUCAUGUAGACCAGCACUGCACUCUCAGCUCAUCCAAACCUUUUCCUCUAAAAGAUGAGGACUACUGUAUGGUCAAGGGGGUGGUGGUCUUUCAAAAGGGCUGGAGGAAGAUUGAGGUCAGGGCCCAAGUGAGAGUCAGGGGCAUCCUCUGGACUUUAGUUGUAUUGGGUUAGACAAAUAAUGGAUACCAAUGGUCCUACCUCCAGAGAUGGAGAUCCACAGGAGAAUCCCUGCCUGUGAAGGAGCAGGAGAGUGUCUGACAGAGAGGCAAACAUUUCCCCCUCUCUAUCAAGUUAAGUCUCCUAUCAGAGAAGGGUUGAAAAUCUAAUGCUGAUUGAUAAUUAAGAGUCCUGGCUCCCCUUACCUCCCAAUCCAAGUCCAUCCUGGAGGGGCAAUUUUCUUUCCCAAAUUCUCUUCUUGCUACAAAGACAGUCCAAGAACAGCUUAGAGAACUAGACAAAGUACUUAAAAACUUGAGCCGACCUACAGUUGCCAUGGGUGGCCAACCUGGGCAAGCACUAAUGGUUCAGUCCUACUGAUACUACCUCUGGGAAUCUACUUGAGAAAGGGGCCCCCUCAGUUACUUUCAAAGAUCUUGGCUAGGAGGGAAGACUACUAGAAAGUACUAGAAGGGACAGCAUUGCCACCUCCCAAAUUCACCCAUUAUUUAAGCUGCUGGAAAACACAACCACCACCCAGUCUUUGAAUAGUAAGCUAGACUGAUUCCUCGAGGAGCUCCAGUCAACUGCCCCACCCACCAGGUUCUUUGCCCAGAAAGGUGAAGGGGUUGUGAGGCACUGUGGGGUGGAAGGCUGGGGCAGGACAGAAUGGAGCAUUUCAAAUGUGCUCAAAAUAGAUAAAGCAUUUUGCACAUAUGUGAUGAUUAGUGGAUCAGUCAAGCUGGAUGGAAUGUUCCCUUUCAUCUGGCUCAACUUUAGAAGAGGGUCAGAACAGACAUUUAGCUUCCUUGCUAUGAAACAACAAAAGGGAAUGAAGAUUUCAUCAAUUUAGAAGUUCCCUCCUCCCAUCCCUACCCACAGUGGAACUCAUACCCAUAAGUACUUGUUCAUCUGAUAGGACUCUUGCCUUAAGUUUACCACCUACCAUAUGACAGAGAGCACAGGAAAACUAGCAAGCAGUGUGCUCACUCCCCAUAUCUGUUCUCUGGAGGUUUUCCCUUGGGAAUGCUCUCUGGAGGCCAAGGAGAGAGCAAUUUCCCCACAAGCCAUUACCCCAGUUUUAAAUAUUCCAGAGCCAGGCUCUGCUUUGAUAACCCACUAGAUCAGGUUACAAGAUCAGAGCAAGGUUAGCUUCUCCAGUGAGCCAAUAGUGCUGUGCCCAGGAUGCUCAGACCUCCUGAAAAAUCCUAUCCAAACCUGGCAGCAACAUCAGUUUAAGUUCUUUGAAUGUGACAACCCCCCCCCCCCCCACACACACACACACAUAGUACUACGGGCAGACUUAUCGGGGAAGGAGUCCAUAGGAGGGCAGGAUUCUAGAGUUACAGAACUUAAACAAGAUAUAUACUAUGUGGACACACACAUUUCAUCCACCACGUGUUCCUGAAAGCCUCUCAAACCCUUGGCCUCACCCUCUGUUGUCCAUCACAAGCCAUAUCCAGUAACCAGAGACCUUCCAUGUCUUUGUUUUGCCCAUACCUUGUUACUGACCCAAAAGCUGCUGCUCAAAAGGAAACAUCCCAUUGGCUUCAAACUGGGCCAUCAAACCAAGUGAAGGAGGAAGCCACCCCAACAAGCCUCAGCCAGACAUUCCAGUCUCUCCUUAGUCUGUUUCCAACCUACCUUUCCAGGUGUACAUUACAGGUCUUGUUCUGAUUCCCAAGAGUGGGCCCUUUUCCCUAUUUUACUUUAUUCUGAGAGUCACAUGCUAUCCCUGAAACAUGACACACUAAAUGCUGCUGUUUCUGAAGAUGACGCUCCUGAGCCACCACUGGCUGGUCUGACCUGUACUCUGCAGAAGAGAAGGGUUACACUGAACUCUCCGCACACACUUCCUUAGCCCCUUGUGACCUACAAGACUAGAGGGGCAGUCUGUGGACAUUUGUGUGAUGCAGAUUCAGUCAGCUGGGGGUAGGGAGGGCAGAAACAUGGACUACUUGCCCCAUUAGCCUCUGCUGCUUCUUUCCCUUCAAUCUAAAAAUAUACUCCAGUUAUAACCAUUCUGAAUAUUGGACAGUCCAGCUAGAGCAAGCUGUGCCAGCUCUUAAGAGUCACUUGUUAACUUUUCAGUGUACAGAAUUCAUAUUUGAAAAAUAACUUGUGAAUGUCCACUGUCAGAGAAAGAACAAAUAAACAGAAAUACAAGACAUAAUUUAAAUAUACAUAUUUUGUCAGGUGAUGCCUUCUAUGGUAUGAGGAGGGGAGAGAAGGGAUAAAACCUGGGGAUUUUAAUGUAACCAAGAAGCAAAUAAAUUAAUUUUAAACAUU